AGGGAGGGGAAACAAGAAGAGUUCCUUCCUGAGCUACUGAAGGGAUCCUGCGAUUAAAUGCAGACACAGUCGUGGACUGAGUAUUGAACCCAGGGCAGUUCUGAACACCAGCAAUUGGACUAACCCACUCUCAUGUUUUGCAGGGUCAGGCUUGUCAGUCGCUUACCUACGUGGAGCCCUGGCACCAAUCACAAGCUGUGGAAGCUGGGCUGCUUCCUGCCUCAGUGCCCAAAGUUGAGCUGUAGAGGAACCAAGAUGUCUGCAGAUCAGAGUCAGAAAGCUGAGACCUGGGACAAAUGCACCUUGCAAGAGCUGAAGGUGCCCUUUGCCAGGACUGAAAUUGGGACCUUUUUCCAAGAGCAACCCAGGAUUGGAAACCAGUACCUAGAAGAUGCUUUUCUUCAGCGUUACUUGAAAACACACCUGCCAUUCCAGGUGCUGGAGAAGGUGAGUCUGGAUCUGGAGAGGUUUGGGGCCCGUGUGGCGGCCGAGAUUGACUCUCUGGGGCGUGAGUGCGAGUUGAAUCCUCCUGCACUGCAGCACUAUGAUGCUUGGGGGCAGCGUGUGGACCACAUUGUCACUUGCCCAGCCUGGAAGAGGAUGAAGGAGAUUGCAGCGGAGGAGGGGCUGAUCGCUGAGGCCUACGAGAGGAAAUACUCCAUCUGGAGCCGUGUGCAACAGGUUGCCAAGCUAUACCUAUAUGCACCUUCUGCUGGCCUCUUCACCUGCCCGCUGGCCAUGACUGAUGGAGCAGCUAAAGUCAUUGAGUCUCUGGGUAUUUCCGGGCCCCUAGCGAAAGCUUUUGGCCACCUGACAUCACGCGACCCCAAGAAGUUCUGGACCUCUGGCCAGUGGAUGACGGAACGCAAAGGAGGCUCUGAUGUCGCUAGUGGCACAGAGUCAGUGGCCAGAGAGCAGCCAGAUGGCACAUAUAGCCUCUACGGAUUUAAAUGGUUUACAUCAGCCACUGAUUCAGACAUGACGCUGACCCUGGCAAGGAUCAUGGAUGCUCAGGGACGUGUAGAACAGGGCUCCAGAGGCCUGUCCCUGUUCUUCUUGGAGGUGCGAGAUAAGGAGGGGAAGCUGAAUGGCAUUGAGGUGCAAAGGCUAAAGGAGAAGCUGGGGACAAGGCAGGUGCCGACAGCUGAGCUGCUGCUGGAUGGAUCCAAGGCACAUCGGAUCUCUGCAGAGGGUCGGGGUGUGGCCUCCAUUGCCAACAUGUUGACCAUAACUAGGAUCCACAAUGUCAUCUCUGCAGUGGCUGGCAUGAGGAGGGUGAUUAACCUGGCCAGAGAGUAUGCCAGCAAGCGGGUCGUCUUUGGGAAGCUCAUCAAGGACCAUCCCUUGCACAUGCAAACCAUGGCCCGGCUGGAGGUGGAAACUCGAGGGGCCUUUCUCAUGCUCAUGGAGAUAGCCAGGCUGCUGGGAUUAGAGGAGACCAAGAUGGCCAGUGAGCAGGACCUGCAUCUUCUCAGGCUGCUGACGCCAGUCGCUAAGCUCUACACUGGGAAACAGGCGAUUGCUGUCAUUUCUGAGGGACUGGAGUGUUUUGGAGGGCAGGGCUACAUGGAAGACACAGGCUUGCCAGUCGCACUGCGAGAUGCCCAGGUGCUGACCAUCUGGGAGGGAACAACAAAUAUCCUCUCACUUGACGUGCUGCGCUCUCUCACCAAAAGCCAAGGCCAGGUUCUAGAUGCAUUCUGCUCUGGAGUGCAGGGGAAGUUGGAGCUGGCUUCCAGCAUUUCAGAACUGGAAUCUUCUGUGCAACUACUCCAGGAUGCUCUCCAUAGGCUUGGCCAGUUCACUCAAAGAGUUGGCUCAAAGGGGGCAGUUGCGAUGGAGCUAGCAGCAAGAGACUUUGCCUACACUCUGGCAAGGAUCUACACAGGGGCUCUCUUACUCGAACACGCAGCCCAGCCUGACGCCACCUCCACAGACACUUACACAGCUCAGAGGUGGUGCAAACAGGAUCUCUGCCCAGUAGACUCAGAAGAAAAAGCUGGCUGUUAUGAUGACAAGGCAGCUUCCAUGGAUACCUACUUGGUUUAUGAGGGAAGCCCAGUUUUGAAAGGAAAGCUAUGACUUAACUGAAGCUAACUGAGAAAAUCCAUACCUCGCUUUGGAAGAGAAAUUGGAUUAUAAUCCUGGCCAGUGCCUGGUGCGUCCAGUACAAAUUGCAUUUGCUUAUAGUGUGCUUAAUAUUUAGGGUUAUGCUAAACAAAUGGGCUAUGACCAUCUAAGUAUCACCGAUAGUCUCUUGCAGGAGGUGUUGAAAAGAAACAUGCUUAGAAUGUUUUAGGCAAACACCUGGUGGUCAAAUGCAGAUAAUGAAUUUAAUAAGAAGACUCUGAAGUGCUAAUGAGUAUUCUUUUCAACACUGAGACAAGGAAACAACCAAAGCUACAUCUGAAGCCUGGUCUAAAACACAGAAGUUGCAGAAGUUUAUAAAAUUGUUUUUUAGCUUUGCAACACCACUUCCCUACCCCCUCUCUCUGAGCCAACACCCUACAGCUGCAAUGCUGCCUCCAGCAGCUUUGUGUCAGUGGAGAGUUCCCCUCCACAAGGGCAUUCUCCACUGGCCUCUUUAGCCACAAGAAUCUGGUUCCAAGGCUGUAGUAUAACUUGAGAACAUAAGUCCCAUCUACACUGUGAUGUAACCAGGUUUCUCAACUCAGCAGUUGCUAAGUGCAAUAGGUCCUGGCUGCAGCUGGGUAGGACCAAGGACCAUAUCAUACAUUAAGAUGAAAACUGUAUCUUAUCCUGUAACUAAACCUAUAGCCAAGCUAGCUAACCAUUGUGUAGUAUUUCGGCUAGCGGUGCUUGUGAUUUUUCUCUUUAAUUUCUUCCUUGUUACAAAUAAUUUUUGCUUUAACUUAAGAUACUUGGACUUGAACAUGGAGACUCUAAGCUGGGGGCCUCUUGUUAGAGGCCCUGGAAAAUAGGACACUGACCUCUGAGGAAGCUGAGUCUGGAGCAGAUGUAAUGGUUUGAGCACCUGGCCAGAUCAAUAAAGAUGAGAUCCUCUUUCCCAGGCAGAGAUGGGUCAGCAUGGUUAUAGGGGGGUGCUUGGUAGAGUUCCAGUUACCCUAGGGAUGGGUCUGAAAGAAAUGGUUACAUUUUAUUAAUGAGGAAGUGUACACAAGGAAUUGUUAAAUAGAAACUUGGUGUUAUUGAGACAUGCAUGUCCCAAGACAGCCUCAUGCAGAGAAGUACUUUAGGGCAAGUUUACACUACAAAAUUAAGUCAACCUAAGUUAUGUCGACGUACAGCCACCGCGGUAAUUGAAUCUGUUUUCAUAUCCACAUUACGCUACUUGUGUCGGCAGUGCACAUCCUCACCUGGAGUGCUUGCACCAAUUUAACUGCCAGUAUGGGACACAGUGGGACAGUUCCUGACAGGCAGUAACAGUUGAUGUAAGCAACACAAUGUCUACAAUGACACUGCGUCAACCUAACUACAUCGACUUAAGCACUACACCUCUCGCGGAAGUGGAGUUAAUAAUUCGGUGUAGUGGGCUAGUUACAUCGGUGCGAACUACAUUGUAGUGUAGAUGCUUAUAGAGUUAGGUUGAUGUAAGCUGCCUCUAUAGUGUAGACCAGGCCUCAGUGUAUUAGAAGUUGAAUUGUUAAGGUACAGUACUGAGCCAAAAUUAUCCCUAUAUACUGUUUAAAAAUCAAACUUUGGUGAGAUCAAAUACACAAGGUAGUUGAUAAAAUUACAUCAGAAAUGUAAGAUCUAAGCAAUCUUUUUUUAUAAUCCUUAUCAAAUCAGUGCAAACAACUUAAAAUGUGAAACUAUUUCUGUGAACAAGAUGGUUGAGUGAUUUGGCUAUUCUGCAAUAAAGGAACUGGGAAAAGGUU